AUGAGAUUUUUACCAAACAUAAUUGUAACGGGCGUUCCCGGUGUAGGUAAAAGUACCUUAUGUGAAGAAUUAGAGGAAUUAAUUAAUAAAGAAAUUAAAAAAAUAAAAAAAACUGAAGAUUUAAAAGUGAAACACUUAAAUUUAUCUAAUAUAAUAAAAGAAGAAAGAUUAUAUGAAGAAUUUGACGACGAACUAGAUGCUAGUAUUUACAGUGAAGAUCUAGUGAAUGACAAAUUAAAAAAAUUAAAAAUUGAAAAUGGUGGUUACAUAAUAGAUUUUCAUGAUGUUAAUUUUAUUGAAGAAAAAGAAUUAAUUGAUCAUAUUUUUUUGUUGACAAUUAAAACAUCUAAAUUAUAUGAACGACUAGAAAAGAGAAAUUACAACGAAGCUAAAAUUAAAAAUAAUAUUGAAUGUGAAAUAUUUCAAGUUAUAAAAGAAGAUAUUUUUGAUCAUUUUGAAAAUUCUAAUAUUUUUGAUGAAUUAGAAAAUAACGAUUUAGAGCAGUACGAGAAAAAUCUUCAAUUUAUAAAAAGUUGGAUUCUAUCAUACAUAAAUCAAGCUUAA